AUGGGGAGCCCCCGCGCCGCGCUGCUGAUGCUGCUCCUGCGUCCGAUCAAACUGCUGAGGAGGCGCUUCCGGCUGCUGCUGCUGCUCGCCGUGGUGUCGGUGGGACUCUGGACUCUGUAUCUGGAGCUGGUGGCGUCGGCCCAGGCCGGCGGGAACCCCCUGAAUCGCAGGUAUGGCAGCUGGAGAGAACUGGCCAAGGCACUGGCCAACAGGAACAUUCCAGCUGUUGAUCCCAAUCUCCAAUUCUAUCGUCCCCAGAAGCUGAGCUUAAAGGACCAAGAAAUUUCCCGAAGUAGGAGUAGGAACAGUAGCUACUUGAAGUGGAACAAGCCUGUCCCCUGGCUUUCAGAGUUCCUCCGGGGACAUGCCAACCUGCAUGUGUUUGAGGACUGGUGUGGCAGCUCCAUCCAGCAGCUCAGGAGGAACCUGCACUUCCCGCUGUACCCCCACAUCCGCACAGACAACCUGAGGAAGGCUGGCUGGUCCCCCAAGUGGACCAACUAUGUCUCCGCAUAUUUCUACCUGCACCCUUUUACUGAUGGGAAGAUCCAGUUUGCCAUCGCUGCUGAUGACAAUGCCGAAUUCUGGCUGAGUCAUGAUGACCAGGUCUCGGGCCUUCAGCUGCUGGCCAGUGUGGGAAAGACAGGAAAGGAAUGGACAGCCCCUGGAGAGUUUGGGAAAUUUCAGAGUCAAAUUUCCAAGCCAGUAAGCUUAUCAGCCUCCCUCAGAUACUACUUUGAGGUGCUGAACAAACAGAAUGAUGAGGGCACUGAUCACGUGGAGAUCGCGUGGAGACGGAAUGACCCUGGAGCGUUCACCAUCAUUGACUCCCCGUCCUUGUCCCUCUUCACAAAUGAGACCACCCUAAGGAUGGAUGAGGUGGGCCACAUUCCACAGACAGCAGCCAGUCACGUGAGCUCCUCCAACACUCCUCCCAGGGAUGAGCAGCCACCAGCUGACAUGCUGCGGCCUGACCCUCGGGAUACCCUCUAUCGAGUGCCUCUGAUCCCCAAGUCCCAUCUGCGCCAUGUCCUGCCUGAAUGUCCCUACAAGCCCAGCUACCUGGUAGACGGGCUUCCGCUACAGCGCUAUCAAGGCCUUCGCUUUGUUCAUCUGUCCUUUGUUUAUCCCAAUACUAUACCCCGUCUGAGCCACAUGGAGACCCACAAUAAAUGCUUUCUACCAUGAAAGUGCCUCGACCAGGACAGGUCUAGCUUCCAGGAGUAUAUCAAGAUGGACAAGCCAGAGAAAGAGGGCCUGGAGCAGCCAGGUUUUGAGGAUGGCCUUCUAGAAGAAUCCCAGUAUGAAGAUGUAGCAGAGGAGAUCCCCGCCUCCCGAGACGAGGACACUGGGACACUAGGGAGGAAACCGCAGACUACUUCCACCCCGGGGCUGGGUGUCACUGACUACCACCUCCGGAAGCUCUUGGCUCAUCCACAGAGCGGCCCACUGGCGCCUUUCCCCAAACACAACUCCACACCUCCCUUUCCAACAAGGGCAAGUGACAUCAGACCUGUCAGCCAAAGAAAGGAAGGGGAAAGUAGCCCUGUGUCCAACCAAGAUUUCUCUCAUUCUGACAAGGGGACCCUGAAGAACCUGCCUCUCAUUCCGAGAGCCCGACCCACUGGGGACAGUCCCGAGACUCUGGAGCAGUCUCAGUGGCUGAAUCAAGUGGAGUCUUUUAUUGCUGAGCAGAGACGGGCUGACAGGCUGGAGCCCCAGGCUCCCGCUCCCAGCAGGGCCUGGCAUGGGGAGGAGGAAGUGGUGGUAGCAGCGGGCCAGGAAGGAGAAGUGGAGGAAGAGGAAGAGGGGGAAGAAGAGGAGGAAGACAUGAGCGAGGCGUUCGAAUAUGUGCCUGUGUUUGACCCGGUGGUGAACUGGGACCAGACCUUCAGUGCUCAGAACCUCGACUUCCAAGCCCUGAGGACUGACUGGAUUGAUCUGAGCUGCAACACAUCUGGCAACCUGCUGCUUCCAGAGCAGGAGGCCCUGGAAGUCACACGGGUCUUCCUGAGAAAGCUCAGCCAGAGGACCCGGGGGAGAUACCAGCUGCAGCGCAUCGUGAAUGUGGAGAAGCGCCAGGACCGGCUGCGUGGAGGGCGCUACCUCCUGGAGCUUGAACUGCUGGAAGGCCAGCGCCUGGUGCGCCUCUCAGAGUACGUGUCCACUCGAGGCUGGCGGGGAGGUGACAGCAUUGGCGGAGAGGACACAGAAACACGGAACCUGCAGGGCUUGGUCUGGAGCCCACAUCGUCGCCGCAGACAUAUACUCAAUGUCCAGGAUCCAGAGCCAAAGCUGUGCUGGCCGCAAGGUUUCUCCUGGAACCAUCGGGCUGUGGUCCACUUUAUCGUGCCUGUGAAGAACCAGGCUCGCUGGGUGCAGCAGUUCAUCAGAGAUAUGGAGGGCCUGUCCCGAGUCACUGGCGACCCACAUUUCAACGUCAUUGUCACAGACUAUAGCAGUGAGGACAUGGAUGUGGAGGUGGCUCUGAAGACAUCCAGGCUGCGGAGCUACCAGUACCUGAAGCUGAGUGGGAACUUUGAGCGCUCCGCUGGACUGCAGGCCGGCAUAGAUCUGGUGAAGGAUCCACACAGCAUCAUCUUCCUCUGUGACCUGCACAUCCACUUCCCAGCAGGAAUCAUCGAUACCAUCCGCAAGCACUGUGUAGAGGGCAAGAUGGCCUUUGCCCCCAUGGUGAUGCGGCUGCACUGUGGGGCCACCCCGCAGUGGCCUGAGGGCUACUGGGAGGUCAAUGGAUUUGGGCUGCUUGGCAUCUACAAGUCCGACCUGGACAAGAUUGGGGGCAUGAACACCAAGGAGUUCCGAGACCGCUGGGGAGGCGAGGACUGGGAGCUGCUGGACAGGAUCCUCCAAGCAGGCCUGGAAGUGGAUCGGCUCUCCCUCAGGAACUUCUUCCAUCACUUCCAUUCCAAGCGAGGCAUGUGGAAUCGCCGCCAGAUGAAGAUGCCAUGA